AUGGCCGACGUGGACAUGGCCGAUGCGCCCCCCGCGAAGACCAAGACGGCCAAGGCCAGCACCAGCGCAGAGGGCGAGAAGAAGCGUUUCGAGGUCAAGAAGUGGAACGCCGUAGCGCUGUGGGCGUGGGACAUUGUCGUCGACAACUGCGCCAUCUGUCGAAAUCACAUCAUGGACCUCUGCAUCGAAUGCCAGGCCAACCAAGCAUCGGCCACCAGCGAAGAGUGCACUGUGGCUUGGGGCAUCUGCAAUCACGCCUUCCACUUCCACUGCAUCUCGCGUUGGCUCAAGACCCGCCAGGUCUGCCCGCUCGACAACCGAGACUGGGAGUUCCAAAAGUACGGCCGAUAA